CUGAAUAGUUUAGUUCCACAAAAAAUGGGUUUUGUAGUUCCAUCAAGCUCAAGUAGGUUUUGUAUUCCAAAUGAGUAUCAGUCACAGAUGGUGAGGUCGUUAUCGUCAUAUUUAAUUCAUUCAGGUUCUGUUCCAAAUGUGGGUUCCAGAGAUAUUCAACUGAAAGAGGAUUAUGAGGCCCCGCAAUUUGCCCAAACUGUUUAUCCCUUGCUUGUUGAUUUGUAUAAUAUUUUUAUUGACAUACCCUCAAUUGGUAUGGCUCUAGCUCAUGCACAGAAGAUCCUCUAUGAUGUGAGUCGGGGAGAAGUUGUUGAUACCCAAUUCUUAUCAGAAAUCUAUAUCUUCCGAAUUGCAGUCGAGGGACUAAGAAUUGCUCUAAAUAAUGCCAGUAGGCUCCCUAUCAACAAAAUGAGGAACCCUGGCUUAACUAAAGCUGAGUUUUCCGAGCUUCCUGUUGAUGAUAAGUCACAUGCUCUUCUUGCGCAGGCCCUUAGAAGCCAGACGAAGAAGUUUAAGUCCAUUGUAGCGAUUGUUGAUGCUAGUGGCUUAGCUGGUCUAAGGAAACAUUGGAAUACUCAGGUUCCACCAGAGGUCAAGGAUAUUGUUGAACAGUUGGUCACUAAUUGUGCAAAUGAGGGGGAAACUCCAAACCAUAAUGAUAGAAAGCGAUUAUUGUCCAAUAAACCGGUUGUGGCUGUUGGGGCAGGAGCAACAGCAGUUUUAGGAGCUUCAUCUCUCUCUAAAGUUGUUCCUGCAUCAACUUUCGUGAAGCUUGUCACCUUCAAAGUUCCUGCUUCUCUUAAACUUAUGAUGACUCAGACUCAAAAGGCUGUUACUAUUGUGUUUGGCAAGGCUCUUGGUCCUUCAAAACUGGUAGCCUCUGGAAUUGCAAAUUCUGGACUCAAAUCAACAUCUGUUUUGAAGGCAACUGCUUCUGCUGAGAAGAUUCGUGUUGUGGCUCACAGUGUUAUAGCCUCUGCUGAGAAGACCAGCCUUUCGGCAAUGAGAACAGCAUUUUAUGAAAUAAUGAGGAACCGGCGGGUUCGGCCAAUUGGAUUUCUGCCGUGGGCUACAUUCGGGUGUAGUAUUGCUACUUGUGCAGGCUUGCUUGCGUAUGGAGAUGGAAUUGAAUGUGUUGCUGAAUCCCUUCCUGCAGCUCCCUCAAUUGCAAGUUUGGGUCGUGGGAUUCAAAGUUUACACCAGGCAUCUCAGGCAGUGGGGCAAGCCGAAAGCUCCAGGAUACAAAAAUCUAUAGAUUCCCUUUUGUACAAAUUUAAGAAAAUAAAGACGCAAUAAAGUAAGAAUUUAUCCUUUUUCGAUGCAUACAUGUUGUCCUUCAGAAAGUGAGUAAUGCUUAAAUUGGAGUUUAUAAAUUCUAUUACAUAGGCCACCUGGUUUGUGAUAGGUGUCAAUUUGUUGCUUCUUGUAUCUUUUAAGCAGAUACAUUCUCGUAACAGUAUUGCAUGAGAAAUUUUGUAGGAAAUCUUGC